AUGUCAACAUCAUCUUCCGAUACUUGCGCAACCAUAAGUAGCCAUAUCAACGUCAACAAAGAAGAGCUUAGCUCCAUCACCAAAUCUUCUGAUCUCAACAAUGUCACUGGCGUCGACAAGCUACUGCUUGAUCUUGCGUCUACCAGCAUCACAACUCUUGAGAAGGACCGUGUCUUCCACGUGUUCCCCAAUCUUCCCGUUGAGUUAAGACUCAAGAUAUGGGAAGCUGCUUGUUUGGAAGCUCGGGUCAUCAGAUUCAUGGGACACCCAAAUCCAGAUGAUACCCCAUAUGAAAUUCGCCCUCCUACGGUUUAUUCGAAGGCCAAAGUCCCAGCCAUACUUCAUGUCAAUAAUGAAUCUCGCCAAGUUGCAUUGGUCUCGUAUACGCUCUGGUCUCCAAUGGGAUGCAAAAAUAAUGAUCCCAUUUAUUUCAACCACUCCUUGGACUUUAUGUACAUCGCAUGCAGGUGCUCGACUUGGGGCGGCCCUAGACUUGCUUAUCAUGAUCGCACUUUUGGAUGCGGGGAUUGGGUUGAUGGGACGGCCAACAGAAUUGUGUAUGAACUGCAACCAAAUUUCUAUGGCCCAGCGGAAAACUAUUAUCUCGGAGGAAUCUCUGAUGUGAUGCUUUGCCUUUCAACCUAUUUCCCCAAAGCUGAAGAGAAACUGUUCGUUGGCGUCAAAGAGGGUCUCGGUGGCCGGUUCGAAGCAAUGCUAUCUAGCUUCAAGAAUCGGGACAGAUUGCGGAGCAUGGAGGCUGGAGUUGACUUAGUUUACGUUUAUCGGCGAGCAGACGAGUACUACUACCAGGGAAGUCAAACACCAAACCACAUCCCGAAUGUAAUUACAGCCGUCGCCUAUGAAGAUCCCCAAAUUGGAUAGGACGCAGCCUGGACCUCGCCAAGGAAUAACCAGCUGUGAGGAAUUGCGGAGACUAGCGGAGAGAAGGGAGACUGAUCACUAGAAUAUGAGGGUAUUGACAGGACAUCCUGAAUCACAAAGGUUUGAGGAUUUACCCUUUCUAUCGAGG